UCUUUGGUUGAUUACGUAUCCUGGACGCAAAGCCUUGAAUGCUAUUGGUCGAUGUGGCUUACAGCAAACGACUAGGAGACUCGGUCAGCCAUUUUGUACGUGUCGAGGUAAGUUGAGAGUCCGUGGAGUGCUGUUUGUUCUUAAUUAACAUCGUGUUGAAGAUUUUCGCUAUCGGAGCUACACAUUGUUUUAUAUCUAUUCAGGGCAGAAAAUUCAUCUGGGGCAGAGAUGACUGGCACAUUUAAAAUAUUUGUGGGCAAUUUAGCCACUAAAACUACUAAUGAUGAUAUCAAGCCUCUAUUUGAGAAGUAUGGUAAAGUCAUUGAAUGUGAUCUUGUCAAAAACUAUGGGUUUGUGCAUAUGGAAAAUGAGGAACAGGGCAGAGAUGCUAUUCAAAACUUGAGUGGCUAUCUUGUGCAUGGACAGGUCAUAAAAGUUGAGGCAGCAACAAGCCGCAAAGGCCCUCAGACACCAACUACAAAAGUAUUUGUUGGAAAUUUGUCGGAUAAUACAAAAGCUCCUCAAGUGAGAGCUUUGUUUCAGAAGUAUGGCACAGUUUUUGAGUGUGACAUUAUCAAAAAUUAUGGAUUUGUGCACAUUGAGUCAACAGACAACAUUGAUCAAGCGAUCAAAGAUCUGAAUGGUUACAUGAUUGAUGGGCAACCAAUGAAGGUGCAGCUUUCUACAAGUAGAGUUCGCCAACGACCUGGCAUGGGUGAUCCAGAACAAUGCUACAGAUGUGGGAGAGGAGGACAUUGGUCAAAGGAAUGUCCAAAGGCUGGUUUGGGGGCAGGAGGACCUGAUAGGAAUGGUUUCAGAGAACCUAUGUUUGGACGGAUGCCUUACCCACCACCACCGCCUCCACCUUUCCUUCGUGAUCGUAUGAUGGGUCGUUUUGGAGAGCGUGAGACAAACUUUUUUGACCGCAACCGCUUUGACGAUGGACCCCGUGAGUCGUAUGGAGAACCUCGUCGUUUCCCCCCUAUUCCACCUCCACGUGAUAUGGGACCGACACUUAGAGGGCGGGAGUUCCUCCCACCCCACCCCAUGCCACCUCCACGUCCCCGAGAGCCAAUGCCUCCCAUGCCAAUGGGCUUGCGUGGCCCUGCCACUACUAUGAGAGAUUCACCUGUGUUUGAUCGCUCUGGUGGCGAUUACUCAAUCUUCAGCCGACGUUCACCUACUGCCACUUCCACCCCCACUACCAGAUACAGGUAAGGAUUGCUGAUUCUCUUUACUCAUUUCAUGGACUAACACUUCCUGGAAUAAAGGAGAUCACUUCAGAAUUGUGCUUUCAAGAAACACUGGCACUUCAUCUGGGCAUCAAAAGUUGUGAUAUGCACUGCUUUCAUACUAAUUCUAGUCUGUGUGUGAACUCAAUGAAGAAUCUUCCUUCUUAUGUGGCAGGGGUGUACACUGAUAGUUGAAUAAUUUCUUUGAAGUAAUGGCACUUACUUUGUUUGGGACCUUCAAAUUGGCACAUUAAAAUUCUGGAAACUUGGUUCGGUAGUGCUUGCUUUCUCUAAAAUUUUGUAGAAUGUCAGCUAUUUUCAUAGUUACUAGUUGGGUUAAUCUUGGACUCAGUGAUAGGUUUUGAGGUGUGGGUACUCGGUUAGAACAUCCUGUGAAAUUUGUAGUUUAGUAAUCAAUGGAUCUGUUUAUCAAAGCUUUCAGUAUUUCUUACGCACUUGUGAGGGUCAUUGCUUCUAAUGUGACUGGGUUAACUUUCAUGAAAUAUUCCAAUCCGCGUUUUGGAAGUUGUGCUCUGUUUAAUAUCUGAGAUUAAAGAAACUCAAAGCGACGUGAAAUAAUCGUUUACCGAAACUUUUCCAUUCUUUUUGCAGUGAGAUAUUUAAUAGAAUCUGGUUUUCAUGAAAGUAUCUUGUUGGUUAUUGGCAUUGAUCCGACAAUGUGUAUAUUUGGAAAAUAUUUUCUAUUCAUCUAUAGCAUGUAUUUGUACUUCAGAAGUAUUGUAUUAUAAUGUGUACUAUUGUUUCCCGGUUAUUGCUACGGUAAGCUAAUUGUGCCUUUAUUUUGUGUUAGACCGGGAGUGAAUGGAACCGUCUCCCCGCGCCGCUAUGCACCGUAUUAAGACGCAAUCGUCCGCCCGUCCGACACCGUAUAUAGCCCGUCGGUUGCAUCGGGCCGGUGAAACAUGCGUUUGUGUACGGGAAGCGUUGGCCGGGGCGAAUGUGAAGACAGGCGACUAGAGUCGCUGCGUGGCGUGGUGGUGUAGCGGACUCCCAGUCUCGGGCGUCUGUAGUGUUGCGGCGCGACGCGAAGCUCGGCGACGUGACGCGACGCUGUAGUGGAGAAAAAGACUACUCUGACAGGCUGCAACGUAACCGAAUAUUGUGACAUGAAGGUCUUUUUUUGUAGCUGUCACUAUUUUAUGCUGGAACAAGUGAUUAUUGGUCUGGAUAAGAUUUAACCUUGUCUUGAAUGUUGUUUAUUGUCUAAAAUGGUAGGGUAAUUUCCUGUAGAAUAUCAAAAUGCAGUCAUUUAAGUUUCAAUACAGCUUUUAGUUGCUGUAUAUUCUUUGCCAGACUUGAACAUACUACAGUGAUUCUGUUAAAUGUUUUCAUUUAUUAAAUGUAGUGAGAUAAUGUAUUAAUAUUUUUGUUAUAAUAGCUUUACCGCUAUUCCGAUAUCAAUCUCUCAUUCACAUAUGCAGUUUGGAUACAACGGACAAAUGGUGUACAUUUUGUUUCCUCGUAUAAUUGUCAAUAUAAAAUGUAUGUAAUAGAUGUUCUUUACUUGUUUAUGCGGUAAAUGUUAAUGACUCCUACCCUUCCAAAAAAACUCAUUGAUCCUUGUUCCUUUUUUACUAUCACUUUGAAACCCUGUGAACAACCGGGAAGUGGACCUGCAUGCUCUUAAAAUGAGCGGUAGGUACGGUUGCUAAAUGGUUCAUCGCCGUGGACCAGGCGAGAUGGCAUGGCAGUUAGCCCGUCCGGUUGUUCGGGAAAAUCGCUAAGUUCCCGUGGCCGACACACAGGUAUGAACUCUCGCCGCUCUCCAGAUCUGCUCCUGCGCCUAGAAUAUGUCUGACUGCAAAAGGAAAUAAUUUCGGAAGCUUUACUCAAGUCUUUUGAAAUAGUUCUUAUUAGCUAAAAUCUUGUCAGGAUUAAACUGUGCCUAGCACAUUUUGUUUCACAUUGAGCUGGGUGUUGUUAUAUAGGAUUUGGAUAGAAAUGACAUUAUUUCGGUUAGAAAAGGAUGGUGUGCUGAAUAAAUAUAAACCCUCAGUGAUACUGUUUUUGUUAUAAAUAAAUGAAUUGUGUGGUGGCUUUCUAGGUUAUAUGGAUGUUCACAAUUUUGGUGGAAUAACUGAUUGAGAUUCUAAUAUAAAUUUGUGUAGUGCUUCAUGUUGGGAGCCAUUCUGCAUGGUUGUUUCACAGUCUCAUCUGCACAAGUAUUUUUUGCACUAAUGUGUGAUAUGUUUGGGCCAUGGUUUGAUGUUCUGUGUUUGGUGCGACACAUAAGACAUUGUUUGUUGUAAAGUGACUGCCUUCUUUUCAGUCGUGAUUUACUUGAAAUGUAUGAACAUUGACAGUUCACUUUAUUUAGGAAUUUUGUUUUAUGGUAUGUACAGCACAUUUACUGUUUACCUUCUCUUCAGGUGUUGAUGUUCCUACUGAAAAGGUGCUCAGCAGAAAAUCCAUCAUAUAUGUUUAAUGCAUCAUGUAAAUGACAUAAUUGAUGUUAGAUUUGACUAAACAAGUUGGUAUCCUGUAAGAACUGUCCUAAUCUCUCAGUUGUACUACCAAUAUGUGGACAUCUGUAUAUAGUCUUCACUUAGUGAUUUGAUUGAGAAGCAAGUAGAAUUUUCAUAAUUGAAGAUAAAAAAUUGCAUGUUUGUAUGAUCAGCAGGUCAUGAUUCCAUGGAAGACUUCUGAAAAACAGGACAUACGACAGGUCAAACAUUUAUUAUUAAUUGGUCCUAUGUUUUAUUCGGUUUGGGGACAUUAAUGUUAAUAAAUUUCUUGAAAACAUUUGGAUAUUUAGGACCAACAUGGAGGACUAUUACGUAGAUGAAAUGGCAUCUUUAGGAUGAAACUGACAAGAGUAAUUCAAAUUUAACAAAACUUAUCAGUUAAAUAAUAUAAAGUGAUGUCCAAAUGUGAAAGGCGUGUUUCUCUUCCUUAGUUCAAGAAGAAAAAAAUUCUGCUACAAAGCUAUUGGGGGCUAGAUUUUUCAUGGGUGUCUUUUGGAGUAUUGAUUUGUUUAAAGAGAAAAGUGGAAACUUUCUUCACUUUGUUUUAUUUAUUGUUUAACUUUGUUUAUGGCUUAUCGCAGUGACACAUAAGAAUCUUGUCUAAAUAUUUUGUAAAAUGCAGUUGGAAAUACCCAUGAGACUGAAAGUGUGUUAAGAUAUCUCUUUGUUGAAUGUUUCAUGAUAUUUAAUUUGACUUGCUCCGUUAUGAAAAAAGGCUCUUCACAAACAUUUAUUUCUUGUAGCCAGUGGGAUAUAAUAUGACAUGCUGGGCAGAAGCAGUUGCCUUCUUACAAAAUUAUUUAUGCUUACAAUUAUUGUAGUGAGAUCAGAUUUCUGCUCAAAUGUGUGUUGGAGUAACAUGUAAAUUUCAGUUUGCUUGAAGGAACACUAUUCAGGCCGAGUGAUCUGAAUAAAAUAAUUAACGAAACUUAAUUUAUAUAUUAUGGUGGUUUGUAUUUUGAAGGUCAUCUUGUGUACUGCUUUUUAAUCGCUACAAUUUUGCCAAGUUUAGUAUGGAUGGGUUAUAGACGGACAAAUUUGUGCAAGGAAUAGGAAAUUUGAAAUACCUGGAAAAGUCUGGGAUUCUGAGUGGUAGAAGUUUAGAACAUUUAGGUGAUGCAGUGAAAAUGUAAUCAUUUCCCAUCUUUAACUAAAUUUAAAUUAGUUGGAAUCCAUAUGUUGUUCAAUUUGUGAAUUUUGAUGAAUAAAAUAUCUAACUUGAUUUUUUAUCACAAAGCUAUGAUUAAUGAUUUUAAAGUUGUAUACACCUGGAAUGUUUUUUUUUUUUUUUUUUACCUACAUAAUUAGAAUUGCUAAUUAGAGGUUACAUCAGAUUUUAGAUAUAGAUCUGCCAGAGACACCGAAUUUUCACUAAAAAUUUUCAUGUCAAAUUCCAUUUCAUAUCUGAUGCUUAUGAUUAUUUUUCGUUGGAAAUUGGUCUGUUGAGCUGUAAUAUAAUAAAAAUUGCAUGUGAUGCGAAUAUUUUUCUUUAUUCGUAGACCAGCUUUUUAUCUUCACUUGGUAAAAUUUACAAAAUUUAAUAACAUUGAAUUGUACAUUUUACAAGUUUUCUCAUUUCACGUAGUAUUGAAUCCUGAAAUUAAUCUUCAUUUUUGUAACUAAAAUCAGUGGUGUUUUACAAAACAAAUGUAUUGCUCUAGUAAUGGCAAAAAUUAAUUUUAAUAAAAAUUAAUGGGAGUUGUAUUAAGAGAUCGUGGAACCUGUUUUAAAGAGACUACAAAACACUCAGUUAAAUGAAAUAGCCUUGAAAUAGUUGUAAUCUUGGACAAAUAAAGCCUAUUGAAUAGUAGGGUAUAAUGAAACUUGUCCAGGGUUAUUUUUGCUGCAAAGCUGUUGCAUUAGACAUGCAAUAGAUUUGUUUUGUUUUACAGCUGUAGAAAAAGAGAAUGCAAUUAAGAGAAGUAAUCUUUUGUUUUUGUAAAAUUUGCAUAAGUUUUUUUGAAACUAUAUUUUGGAACAAUUUGCUGCCUCAAAAGGUUACAAAAUUUUUGAAAAUUGAAAAAAUACUAGAAUAAGCACUGAAGUAGAUUAGGAUUCCUUGAAAAUUGUGGACAAAAGGAAUUUACGUUGCUUGGCAUAUACUUUACACAAGUGGAAUGUGAAGUUUAUAUUUUGCAAGAUUAUAUAUUUGAAUGAAUGUUUCCAAAAUAAAUAUAUUUUAAGUUCUAUAUACUUCUUGUUCAAGGAAAGUAUGAAAAAUGUACAAAAGGGUAGAAAACUCGCUUUUUGGUCUAAAUAUUCCUGAAAUGGGAGGGGAAAAGUGUUUCGUUUAACUACUCUAUAAAAGAAACAAAUUCAUCAGAAUUCAUAUUUUGUUCAUGAUUUGUCGAUUUCUAGAAAUACGUUCUGUAGUUGCAUGUAUAAGAGUGCAGGAAAAUUUAAAGAAUGCAUGGGCUUUUGGUAAACUUCAUAUGUAAACUACCGGGACCAUUAUGAAGGUAUGGUUUAUGAAAAAUAGAUCCUUUAUUGGGAAAUUAUGGUUGGUCUAGUUGAAUUCUUUCUAUUCGUCCCAGAGAUGCCAUUGGGCUGUAGGCAAUGUUGAAAGGGCUUAUAUUCAGUUACUGAAUGCUUUAGAAUGUUGUAUACAGCGAUGUACAUAGCAAUAUUCAGUUUAAUUGUAGAGAGUAUUGGGGUACAUAAUAAAGAUGGUAAAGUAGUCGGAAGGGUUUAGUUUAUUUCAGCCAGUGUUUGGAGGUAACCUUUUGUGAAUUUUAUGUUGCAUUGAAAAGUGAGCUAAUUAUAUUCAUUUCUUUGUUUCUAAAGGUACAGCUAACAGUUUUUAAUACUUGAUGAGGGUCAGUCUUUGAAUUAAUGAGUGAGCAGUGAGUUCACAAGAACACCUUCAGUAGUGUCUAUACAUACCGAAUGAAGUGGAUCGAGACUAUUAUCAAGCUCUCAGCUCGAUUUUGUACUCAAAAACUUGUAGCUGUUUUGCAGCUCUUGUGGGAGUGGACAAGUGAAUUUACUGACAAAACCACAAACGAGUUGGUGGAUGUGGAUGUAAUUAUGCCUGGAUUCAGUAGUGUGGGUACUUUCAAAAUAUUUGUUGGCAAUUUAGCCGACAAAACAACAACGGAAGAUAUUAAACCACUGUUUGAAAAGUAUGGAAAAGUUGUUGAAUGUGAUGUGGUCAAAAACUAUGGAUUUGUGCACAUGGAGCAUGAAGAAGCAGGCCGUGAUGCUAUACAGAAUCUGAACGGUUAUCUUGUGCAUGGACAAGCUAUCAAAGUAGAAGCAGCAACAAGUCGAAAGGGUCCUCAGACACCAACCACGAAGAUAUUUGUGGGGAAUUUGACUGAUAAUACUAAGGCACCUCAAGUGAGAGCGUUAUUUGCAAAAUACGGCACUGUUCUUGAAUGCGAUAUAGUGCGAAACUAUGGAUUUGUCCAUAUUGAGUCAUCGGAUAACGUUGAUUUGGCCAUUAAAGAAUUAAAUGGCUUUGUCGUCGAUGGACAGCCUAUGAAAGUUCAGCUUUCAACUAGCAGGGUGCGCCAACGACCUGGAAUGGGUGAUCCUGAACAAUGCUACAGAUGUGGAAGAGGAGGUCAUUGGUCAAAGGAAUGCCCAAAAAUUGGGAUGGGUGUAGGUCCGGAUAGAAAUGGAUUCCGUGAUAGGAUCUUCGGAAGGGAGCCGUACCCUCCGCCUCCACCACCACCUUUCCUGCGGGACCGCAUGAUGGGGAGAUUUGGUGACUCCUUUUAUGAUUCCUAUUUUGACCGGAAUCGCUUCGAGGAUGGUCCUCGUGACGCCUUUGACCGGCGCUUCCCUCCAAUUCCGCCACGUGACAUGGGUCCCUCCCUGCGCGGGCGGGAAUUUCUGCCCCCGCCUCCUCCUCUGCCGCGCCCACGCGAACCCCUCCCGCCCCCACCCAUGGGGCUGCGUGGCCCCUCGAGCGCCCUGCGUGAUUCGCCUGCUUUUGAUCGCUCCAACGCAGACUACUCCAUGUUCAGCCGGCGCUCACCAACCUCUUCCGCAGUCCCUCCCAGCCGGUUUAGCCGGCUGUUUGAGGACUUCAGCCGAGACAGUUUUGAUGAUAGAAGACCGGGUGCUCGUGGUGCUGUGUCCCCCCGUCGCUAUGCUCCGUAUUAAGCCGCCGUUCGUCCGCCAGUCUCCAUCGCUCGCCGCCGUAUAUUGCCGGUCGGGAUUUUUUCGCUCUUGCGGGAAGCCUCGGCCGAGCGUGAUGCAUCCGAAGAAUCAUCCUUUGUGCGAUCCGGCGCGGCAGUGUUGCGGCUCACUCGGUAGUCCUCUCGUAUCUUGGAGAAGUGCGAAAGGACCUAAAGCAGGAGACGGUUCUGUGACUCCUGUUUGUUUCUCCCAUGUAUCUUUACUGCUCUUAAAUUCGCUUGUAGGCUCCUUCAUAUUUUCAUGACCAUUGGCUAGGCAGUUCUAAAUGUAAAGCAGUAUAGUCAGUUUUUGAUCCGUGGUUUAUUACAGCUAUGCUGUAAGAUUUUAUUUGAGGUAAGAGAUAGCGUUAGUGCAAUAGAUAUAAAUGGUCAUUUACUAUAGGAUUAAACCUGGCAAGAAAGUGUGUUGUACUUUCUGUAGGGUGUGUAGCUAACAGAACUGCUGAUUGUAGUCCUGUUUCAACCUUUCGUAUGGCUGUCAAUGUACGUUAUGUCUGAUAUUACUUGGAAUUUUUUGCGAAUGGCUUCCCUUUCACCUUACAGUUUCUCUCCAAUAAAAAAAAUUGCCUCAGAGGAGUAUAAUGGGGCCCAUGAGUGCGUUGAUCUUUGGCUUCCCGCGGACGCCCGCCCUGUUCUCUCGGUCGCGAUGUCCAGUAGAAUGACCAAAAGGCCAGGUUAUGUUUCAUUUCAGUGCUAGGUAAACCUCUUUGGCUCUUCAUUGAGCUAAGUAUGUGUAUAGAACAAUGGUCUAUCAUUGAAAGAGUGUGGGUGGGCGUUCUUUAAUGAUAUAUCUGUGGCGAGAGGGAGCAUUUGUUUGUCUUUAGUGUUUUUAACUGACUUGGUACAUUCUACAUAUCAUAUUUUAAGUAGCCAAAGUAUGGAUGUAAUUUGGUAUCGUUGCAGUUCGUCUGCAUGGAAUUUUAAAAUAUUAAAGAAUGUAGUGGAGUAGCUGGGGAUUUGAGGGCUUUGUACAUGGCGGGAGUAUGUCCCAUGAGUAGUUUGUUUUACAAUAUUAAUAUAGUAAAUUUUCUGACGACACAUCCACAAGUAAAAUGCACUAGUUUGAUGUUAAUACCUGAUCAUUACCAUAGUAGUUUAUAUUUUAUUUUGGCUUUGAAAACUCAAUCUCCAAGUGUUGGUCUUUUCAGUUUGCUGAGUACUCAUGUUUCAAGGUUUAUUUUUUCUAGUGAAAUAUAUAUAUUUUAUACAUAAUUUUUUGUCUGGUCUGGCACUUGGGAGAGCUCUAGAGAUAAGCUAUAUUUUGGGCUCCAAGUGCUGCAAUGUCUGAUUUGUUUUAUUUCUUUCCCUAGAGGGCCUCCCUAGCCUUGUUCCCUUCAGCUGCGCCACUCACUCAAAGCAAGUUAGCAAAAUGGAAAAUUGAAGGCACGUUCUUUCUAGUUAGAGGGCUAAGUGUAAUGAACAUGGUACAAGGAUAUGGUGCCUUAUGCUGCAUGUUUGACUCCAGUAUGUAGAGCUCUUGGACCUGGCAUAGACUGUCAAACAUACAAGCUGCCAGUGAUUAGGUGUGACAUGGAUCUCAAUGCAAACUUGUCUUUGUCAAAUAUUUGAAAUUCAUGCAUUUUUUGUAGCACUUGUACAUUUUAAAUUUCCACAGAUAUAUCAUAAUCACUAUCUUAAUUUGUAAGUUUCGAUAGCACGAUAUGUAUCAGUGAAAAAUUGUCAGAAAGCACAUUUUAAUCAUGAAAAAUGCGUUGUCCCAGAUCUGACAGCUAAUUUAGAAAUUAUUUGAUGUUUUGUGAACUUGGCUCCCAAUGGAGCCGCAACUGGUAGUGGCCAGGUGCCUCUUUUGCAAGGCAUGUCCACUGCCCCUGACUGCACUCUGCUAAAGUUUGGACUCGUUUAAAAGUACAAAUGUUGACUUUGUAUAACAACCAAUUAGCCUGUUGUUUUAGUGGUUAUUUCACAAGAUUAGCAGAGUGUAGAAUUAUUAAUUAUGGUAAUAGCAUAUAAUUUAUCCACUUCUUUAGUGUAAGCUGUGUGAUGUAUCACUUUUCAUAAAUACAGUUACAUUUGGUAUA